AUGAUGGCUAAAUGGGGGCCAAGGGGCACGCCACCUGUUGGAAACCAUUUGGUGUUCGGUCAAUUUGCUGUCGAACCACCAAAACCACAAGUACAGCCGAGCAGCUCUCAGGCGCAGCCAGGUCUUGUAAAACCGGAAGCGCCUAGUCCUCAGGUUUCGCCAGCACCUCAAACUCUCACACAGCAAUCAUUCGGCUUGCAAAACCUUCCUGCAUCGUUUCUCUCGAACUCGAAUUCGUUCUUUACACGUGCCCUUGCUAACUAUCGGCAGGAGUAUCCCAAGCAUUUGACUGAUACCAACAACGGAUGA